UUUGGCCUAAUAAACAAAUGCCUAUACGUUUCCACUCAUCAGUUGGAAGAAGAGCUAGAAGAGCUGUUCAAACAGCUAUCAACACUUUAGAAGGCGAAACAUGCAUUUCUUUCCCGAAAUACGAUCCGUAUCUGCACAAAAAUUAUAUGACAAUAAAAUCUACCGAAGAAGGUUGCAAGACGUUUGUUGGCUUCAAAGAAAACCAAGAUCAUAACCAAAUUAACCUAGCAUCUGGUGAUCCCUUUUGUGAAUCUUCUCCUAGUGCUAUCCAUGAAAUAAUGCACAGUCUUGGAGUAUAUCAUGAACAAAAUAGGUAUGAUCGUGACGAAUACAUUGAAGUUUUGUUUCAUAAUCUGAUGCCUGACACUGUUUCACAAUACUAUAAACAAAGCAGAGCAGAUUUGGAGACUUAUGGGGAACCCUAUGAUUAUGGCUCAAUUAUGCAUUAUGAGGCCGUUUCACAAUAUGCUAAACAAAGCAGAAAAGAUUUGGAGACCUAUGGAGAACCCUAUGAUUAUGGCUCAAUUAUGCAUUAUCAAGUGCACGCAGGAUCUAAGAAUGGCCAACCUGCUUUUCGAGUACUUAGGCAAUAUGAUGAGAACUAUAUUGGUAACGCGAGAAUUCCCAGCCUUAUAGACUUAAGCAAGCUCAACAAGCUCUAUGGCUGCCCACAACCCGAGACAGUCGAUUCGAGUUCUGGUGAGAUUAACGAUCCACGACCGCAAAAACGCCCACCGCCGCAUCACGUGCACGAUGACGAUUGUACUUGUGAAGAUUCUUAACGGCACUGGCCCGUUAAUUUUUGUUCCUAAUUUUUUCAACGAUCGAGUUUAUGCAUUUUGAUUUUUUAAAAGGGAGAGGAAAAUUGUAAAAUAAAUACCUAUACUAUAAUUUUAAUUUUUUGUGCAUCAUUAUUUUUAGUUUUUUUUAUUUUUAAAUGAUUCAAAAAAAAUUUUAAUGCUGUUUGUCUUAUGAGUUAUACAUAUUUUUAUUUGAACCGAUAGGAGAAGUAUGAUGGAAAGUUAUUCGAAAAUCUUUUUAAAUUCUCUUUAAAUUUUUAAAGGACCAUGGGACGGGUUGAGAUCGGGUUUCGGGUCGGAAAAAUGUCCGGGUAUCGUGUUUCGAGUAACCCGUUCCAUCCCUGAUAAGGACUAAAAAGAAAUUCGCCUUCCCCUAUAUUUUGGAAUUUUUCACUUCAUUAUCCUCGAAAUUACCUACAACCUCCCCUAAUCUCCCAUCUUUUCUCCAAUCUUUUACCCACGCCCUUCUUCACUCCAAGCCAUUUCCCCAGGCUAUACUCAUUUUAGACUAUUCGAAAUUUCGUUUCGUGUUUCGACUUCAUCUCUUUUUCUGUAUGGAGGUUCGUA